UUUGAAUUGGUUGAAGAUUUUUUACCUCUUCAAGAUAAAUCCUAUAACGAGGAUUGGAUAAAAACCUGGUCAACGAAAUGGAUGAUUGAUAAAGAUGACCUACUUCGGUUAAGAAAUCAUUUUGGUGAAAAAAUUGCAUAUUAUUUUGCGUUCCUCCAAUUUUAUUUUACAUGGCUUAUUAUACCAUCAAUUGCCGGAUUAGUGACCCAUUUUUCUGGUGCUAAAUAUUCAAUACCAUUCAGCAUAUUCAUUACCCUUUGGUCAGUUAUCUUUGUCGAAUUCUGGCGUCGUAAAGAGUAUGAAUUGGCUGUCGAGUGGGGUGUUCGUCAUUUCUCACGUGUAGAAAGACGCAGACCUGAAUUUAGAGCUGAAUGCUUUAUUAAAAAUCCUAUUACUGGUGAAGAAGUUCCUUACUUUUCUCCAUGGAAAAGAUGGCUAAGGAGAGCCGUUGUGGCACCUGUAAUCCUCAUUUUUAGCUUAACUUUAUCAUUGUCUCUACUCUUUUACAUAAUGAUUGAGGUCAUCAUGUCUGAAUAUUACUCAGGACCGUUCAGAGAUCAAUUGAAAGUCGGUCCGGAAAGGCUCGUGCAUGAAUUAAAAUAUUUUAUUCUAACUGCUCAAAUAUUGAAUUUGUUCAUGGAACUCGUCUUGCCAUAUUUGUUUCGAUUUGGUUCAUUCAGUAUGAAAAGGAUUAAAAAUAAUGGUGCUACUAAAGAUGGUGGAAGAAAUGAAGAUGAAUCGGCUUUCUUAAAGAGAGUUAGGAAAGAAGUGAAGUUGCCAGUUUAUGAAAUCUAUACAGACUAUGCGGAAAUGAUAACUCAGUAUGGCUACGUUAGCUUGUUUUCUUCGAUUUGGCCAUUGACUCCAGUAUUCGCGUUUGUAAAUAACUGGGUCGAACUCCGUUCUGAUGCGAUAAAAUUAUGCGAACAUACAAGGAGACCAAUUCCCAAGAGAGCUGAUAGUAUUGGGCCAUGGCUUGAAAAUUUGGUGAUCCUUACAUGGUUUUCAUCAAUUACAAACCCAUCUCUUAUCUACUUAUACCAUCCGGAAACCCAUGCCUUUAAAUCUCCUUUUUCAGUGGUGUUUGUCAUUGCUCUUAUCUGGUUCACUGAACAUAUUUUCAACAUGAUUCAUUAUCUUAUAAAACAAAUGUUGGCAGCUUUACCAAAUGCAGCGAGUGAAAUUGUACAAAAAGAAGAGUAUGAAGUGAAAAAGAGAUUGUUAGAAAAAGCAGGAUUAGAAAAAAUAGGAAUAUCGUUAGAGACCUCAUCAAAUCUCGGACACGAAUAUGAAGAAUCAAUGAAGAAAAGGGAAGACAGUGAAUGGUUCUGGCAUUCGGACCACGUGGCUACUGUUGAAGAAGC